AUGACUACACUGUUACUUUUGAGUCAGUUGGGUCUUUUGGCAUUCGCCAAUGCUAUUAACCCUAUGGUAAAGGGCGAAUAUAGAAUUGAACAUCCUAAGAUAGGAGACUUGUCAGAAAUUGAAUCUGCUAUCUCUCCCAAAUCUUUCUAUGAAUCAUUUCAAUAUGGUUCCGAAGCGGAGUUCCGUAAGAAUUGGGUUUCUUCUGAUCUAACAAUGGAACAUGUAGACGAAACAUCUUCGAAGGCGUUCCCUGGCACAUGGAAGUUGCAGUCACCAUUUUUGGUCCCAGGAUUCAGUGAUGAUCUAUCUUUAGUUUUGGGUAGCGAACAAACUAGAGCUGCUAUUGCCCAUAGGUUAAAAUACGAUCUAUCGAUCAAGGAUAAUGAGAAACUAGUGGUGCAAUAUGAAGUUAAACUUCAAAAAAUGCUUGAAUGUGGCGGUGCAUAUAUCAAAUUGUUGAAAACCUCCGCAACUGAUCUUUCUCAGUACGACCACUCGUCAGAUGACUAUGCUGUCAUCUUUGGCCCAGACUUUUGCCAAGGUUAUGUGGACGAAAUUCAUUUGGUUUUGAAGCGCGAGAAUCCUUUUUCUGGAAAAUCUGAAGACAAAUUCUUAUUAAAUGCCCCAAAAUCUGCAUUGAACUUGCCAAUUUCUCGCUUAUAUACCUUAAUAUUAGACUCUUCUGAUCAAUCCUACGAAAUAAGACUCGAUGGUGAUGUUGUUUCAGCAGGUAGCUUAUUAUCAGAAGGUGCAUUCCAACCUCCAUUCAUUUCCCCUAAAGAAAUAGAUGAUCCUUCGGCCGUUAAACCAGCAGACUGGGACGAUAGAACCGUUAUACCUGAUCCAACUGCCAGUAAGCCCGAUGAUUGGGAUGAAAGCGAACCUCAACUAAUUCCUGAUCCUGCGUCUAAAAAACCCGACGAAUGGGAUGAAAGUAUUCCUCAGUAUAUCCCUGACAAGUCUCGUUCUCAACCUGAAUGGUGGAACGAUGAAGAAGAUGGAAAAUGGAUUGCUCCAAUGAUUUUGAACCCAUCUUGUGGCACAAAGAAGGGCUGCGGUAAGUGGAAGCCCAAAAUGGUUGAAAACGAAAAAUUUAGAGGCCCAUGGAAAGCUCCAUUGAUAGCAAAUCCUAACUAUAAAGGAGAAUGGAAGGCCCCAACAAUUCCUAAUCCUCAUUAUUACGAAGAUUUAACACCGGCAAAUAUCGAAGGUAUCAAUGUAGUAUCCUUCGAUAUAUGGGCAACGGCUAGUGAAAUCUCAUUUGACAACCUUUACAUUGGUAAAUCUGUUGAGGAAGCAGAAUUAAUCGGGAAUAAAACUUUCAUUCCAAAAUCCAAACUAGAGAAGAAAGAACUAGGUAUCGACAAACCUGAAACAGAUUCGGAAGAGCAAGAGGACAGAUCGCAUAAGGAUUCAUCUUCUGUAUCAGGGCAGGAACAGAAAGAAAAACCAGAAGAAGAAAGUUCAGACACUCCAUUAUUCGGCGCUUCAGACUCCGGUUUCGAAUUUAUCAAUAGAAUCGAGAAAUAUAUCCAAUCUUCUCAUGUCAUGAUGAAAUUCACCAAGUGGUUCUUAUCUAUCGAUGAUUUAUAUAAGGGAAUGGUUAUCAGUUUGAUCGCUACCGUGGUUGUCGCUUUCACAGUGCUAUUUGUGCUUAAGUUCAUGAUUUGGGCUCAGGGAAUUGAUAUCAAUGGUUCUACACCAUCUACCAGAGCCAGAGCAGAGAGAAAGCAGAAACGUGAAAUGGAAGAACAAUCUAAGAAAGCUGUUGGUGCAACUUCAACUGGAAUAAAACCAGGUUCAGAUGCUGAUCUUUCGAAAAGAACUUCAAAAAAACAAUCAGGGGAAGAUGAUUCUUCCAAAGAAGAAUCUGAUAAUUGA